AUGCAACGGGUGAAGAAACCCUUCCGAAAAGCAAGAGGAAAGCUGACAAGAUCGGCGAGUGAAAGAAAACCCAAACUGGACGAAGAUGAUAUCAUAGCAACUGAGUCACAAGCCUAUGGGACACUGUCGCCGCCAUCACUGGACAAUGAUGCUAUGGAAAGCCGGUAUUCGGUGCAUUCUAUGAGACAAUCUUUCCGUCCGUCGGAAAACUAUUUGGACCAUGAUGCAACAGAUCAGUACACAAAGGUUCAGAAUCUAGAACGCGUGAUUCGACAAAUUAUCAUCGUCUUUGCUGCUUAUAUACUGGGUACUCGGCGAGCGGAAUGGGCCACCAUGGCUAGCAACAUGCUGGGUUAUAUUGUGACCGCAUGGGUUACUUGUGUCGUCAUUUUGUACAUAUUGGACAGCAACAAGAAGAAGAAUCGUACUCUCGGUCGGGACAUGGAUGCGGAAACACAAAACCCACGAGGAGAACUCGAGCCGCUUCUCUCACCAGCGGAGAUGCCUACUCCAACUCGCAAACCCAAUCCACCUACUGCUAUUCCACGGGCCCGAAGCCUUAGCGAGUCUGCUCGAGAAAUGUCCACCUCAAGUUCCAUGGAUGUGACAGAUGAGCACCAUCAUGCUCACCCCUCUUUGGCUUCCUUGUACAUUAUGGAUACUAACUCGGGACGCCGCAUCGACUCGAACGGGAGCAUUAUACACUUGUCUAACGAGUGGAUCGAAAUGGAUGUAUUGGCUAUGAUUCGUACUCCAGAUGCCGAUGACCCUUCUGCUCCAAUGGGGACACCCGAAAACACAAAGGUUUCUGAGUACUUUCGAGGUCGGCAGCGUCGAUUUGAAUUUCAGUUUCAAUACAAAUUGAAAAAGUCGGUGGCCGGAAAGAACAUUUACUUUGCGGCUGAGUUGGAGAAUCCAGUCAAGCUUGGAAUAGUCCAGCGUGCUUUUGUUAGCGCAGCAAUGGCAUUCAUGCGGAAAACCAAUCCUAGUUUCCAUUAUUCCAUCACUGGAUCCACCGACAAGGAAGGAGAUGGUUCAUGGGAAAAGCCACACAUGGCCUUUACAGUACUGGGGUCAAUGGAUCGCCUAGUGAUUUCAAAGCCUGGAGAGCCUAUACCCGAACUUGGGUCCGAGCUUUAUGAGGAUCCAGAAGCCAUCAAGCAAAGAAAACGAGGAGUGGAUGUGGAUUGGAACUGCGAAGAUACCUACACUUGUGCACUUUGGAGUGCUUAUUGCGACUGGAUUGAUUGGAAAAUUAUAAAUCUUCCAGGUAUUCGGCCAUUUGAAUUGGAUUCGGUGCUUGGUCCUCAGAAUGUCAAUAUCGUGCUAUAUAUGACGGACCAAGGGUGCACCACCCACAAUCGAAACGACUUGUACAAUAUUCUUGACCUGGAAUUUAGCUGCGUUGGGCAUUGUAAGUUGGGAGCAGUUGCCCAAGAUUAUUGCGACGCGCGGCAGCGAAAGCUUCUUCAGAAACCACCCACAGUUCCAGAGGACGGGGCAGAUAAACUAGAGGAUGUGGACGAAGGAGGCAGUGACGACGAGACCGGUGCAGAGUUGGGCGAGGGUAUCUAUAUGCGUUCAGGUGACGUUGUCACCUUGGGUGAAGUUACCAGUGGUGAUACCGAGUCUACGAUUACUAUUGGUGGUGGAUUCGCUGUACUUCAAGAACAAGCCAUGUCGACUAUUGUCAUCCAAAAAGCAAGACGAUCUCAUCGAAACCGAUUGCUAAAAUCUGGAGACGCUGUGUACUUCAAACUGACACAGAAAAAAGGCACAAGCACUGAGACUCGAUACCUCACAACCCAUCGUGGCUGGUGGCUGAAAUGGGCAACUUCAUUGGGAACAUCGAAGAAUGGGUAUUUUACAAUUCAUGCACUAGAUUCCGGUGAUGAUGGAAAGCCUGUGAGAUCGAGCGAGUCAGAGUCAGACUAUUUGACCAUGGGAAGCUCCUUCACAUUGAAACAUAAGAGAUGGUCAAGAUAUCACAUCGGAGUUGCUGCUGAACCCUCUCCAACCUAUGGAGGGCGCAUGCUAUCUCUCUACAACCCAGCGGUGUCACAAGAUAAACCACCCGCGGAAGAUCAAUACAUCCCAGACGAUGAUGAUCAAAGUGAUGAUGAACUCGAAUUAGACAAAAAGACAUCAUCUGGAUGGAUGAACAAGCUUGUUCUGUGCGCGCAAGAGCCAAUGGCCAUAGCUCCUCCAAUGACACUGUCACCCAGUAGAUCUGCUUCGAGAGACGAGGAGCCCGCUGACGCUGCUGAUGUACUGCCGAUCGAAAAGCUCGUAUUUUCUGAAGACCAUUGUCACGUAGAUGUCCCUGCUUGGAUUGAAACGAUGAAUCGAACAGAACGAAUUCGACAGCUCACAUAUGUUGUUCGCGUAACUCAUUCUGAGGCGCAGGGCGAGGAUGCAGCGGCUGAGGCUGGAGAUGACGACGUCUCUUUAUCAGGUCCUGCCAACACAACUAGAACGUUUGCUCGUCUGAGGACAGGUAGAGAGUUGGCUAGAAUCAUGAUGGUGGGGAAGAGCAGCACGUCUGUGACCAAGUCGGCGACGUCCAGCAUUCAAUUCAGCACCCACAGGCGAAAAUCGUUUGACGUCGAUUUUUACGACGAUGACAUUUCGCUGGAUGAAGAUAUUGAAUUGGACGAGUAUGCUGAAGAUGUGGAGCUGAAGCUGAACGGAAGCCAAGAAGAGAUCGAAAUUCUUGAAGCAGUUAGUGAGUCGGACGAAUCUGAGGAUGAAGAAAUAUUUGAAGAAGAAUCAGCACAACGGUCACCAAAAGCAGGCCGCGUGACUAGAGGCAAGCGAUUGAUCGGCAAGGUAGCAAAGACCGCCAAAAGCGCAACAAAGAGUACAGUUGUUGGAACUGGAAAACUUGCUGUAAAAUCUGCAGUUGGAACUGGAAAGCUUGCAGUUGGUACUGGAAAGUUUGCUGCAAAGACCGUGUAUGGAACCACUAAGGCCGCAGUAGGUACCGGAAAAUACGUUGCUAAGGGAACACUGUCGGCUGGGAAAAUGGCAGGACAGGCAGUUAUUGCACCUAUUACAAAGAGAAAGCCGCCGAAAAGUGAGCCAAAAGCGAAGAAACUUCAAGGAGCAAAGGCUCGAUUGGAGCUUUCCAAGAAGACUAUGAAGAAGAUUGAAAAAAUUGAAAAACAGAAAAACCUUAGCUUCCUCGCAGGCGAAUUAUGCGCACCUGAGCAGUCUUGUCGUAUAGCAUCAAGGGUGCUUUCGCGAAUGUCAUGUGUUCCCUACAAGUCAUCUGAAUGGAAAAAGUUCAACGACGUGUUAGUUUCACAAGUUGCUCAUGAAGCUGAGCAAGAUAGAUGGUUCCUGGAAGGAACGGCAGUGCAGCUUGGGGUCGCCCCAGAACCGGAAAACAAGAUUAGAGGUAAACUCAUGCAUGAAAGCCUUGGUGCAAGGUGCUUGUGGGAAAGUCACUGGCGCGAAGAAUGGCUUGGAAUCUAUGAUACCUGUGUGUCCAUUUAUGCACCUUCGACAAAAUCACCAUGUCUCGAAAUUGCUCUUAUCGAUAUUCGAAAGGUGCGCCCUCUUGAUGCCGGCACAGUGUCCCCGCUUCCAGGUUUCCACUUGCUGGUUCUGGAAACAGCCUGGAUUUGUCACUAUGUUGCUUUCCGAGACGAGGAUUCGCGGGACACUUUCGGAAAUGUGUUGCAGGAGGCCGCUGAUAAGCAGACCAAAUCAGCCGAGGAAACUGCUUCCCUACUCAGGAAUGCACGCUUUUGGCAAGGAUUUCAAACACUAUCGAAUUCUUCCUUGUCAACUUCAGCUGGAAAGUGGGCUAAAGUUUCCUGUGGGAGUAAGGCUCUAAAGGAACGAAGCGUACUAAAUGGUAGACGUAUGGCCUUUGAUAUCAAUCUUGAUGGCCUAUCUUCCGGAGCUGAUGGCAUUGCAUUUGUGGAAAACAUUCUGUCCAAGUCGCUCUCUUUUGACCUUCGUUUGCUUGAGGAGGAACCUGACUCCUUUGUUGAAUUCUUGGAUCUUACCAGUCGCUUGCGACUCAUUCCGUUGGACGAGAUUGACCUUUCAAGCAAGCAUGCGUUCUGUCUAUUUGCAAAUAUAUACCACUGUCUGUUGCAGCAUGCUAUGUUACUCUCGAUGAACGGUCCACUGGAUAAGAAGAACAUGAACGACUUCAUGAGAACUUCAUGUUACGAGAUUGGAAAUGAUGUGUUCUCGCUUGCAGAGCUGUACUGCUGCGUUAUUCGUGGCAAGAUGUCUCGACCAGGCAACUUAAAGCCUCCAUACCCAGAUGUGUCUAAGAAGUCAAACACUUUUAGGCACUAUGCGCUUGAUUUCAAGGACCCAAGAAUUAAUUUCAUUCUGAGCACGGGAGAUUCUUCCUGCCCAAGAUCCAUACCAGUUUUGAAGCCACACGAUAUCGAGCAACAGCUGACUUUGGCUUCCAGUAUCUUCUUACGAAAGGAAGUAUAUGUGGAUGCACGAACGAAUACUGUGAUUUUGCCAAAGAUAUGUGAAGUCUACAAGAAUGACUUUGGUGGCGAUUCGACUUCAUGUCUCCGAUUCUGUUUGGAAGAAGUUGACGAAGAGACUGCUGCAACGAUUCGAACAAUGAUGUUGGCCGGAAGUGUUUCUAUUCGGUUUCAGCAUGCCACCGACAACUAUCAUUCGUCUCUUCAGCUACGAGCUGCAAUUGGCGAAUCAGGAAGUCUGCGUCUCCAACGCACCGUUUCUCAAGACUCAACGAUCUACUAG